AUGGCGGAUCGUGCAGGAGGCGUUCGCCCGAAUAAAGCCGCACCACAAGGCCCAACAAAUGAGCGAUACAUGAGCAGCACGGGCCUCGAGGUGCUCGAGAAGGACAAUGGAUUCUGCGAAUCGGCUGCCAGGCUUCUCAAGCGAGCAGGGCCAACGAGGCGUGCCAGGGUGGCUCGCACCAAAGGAAGCGAUCAGAAUGCUGCGCUGCAACAGGCCCUUGCGUAUCGCAAAAUUGAGUAUCGCCUGGUGAUACCGACUGUAGCUCUGAAACAGGCGAAGCCGUGUGGAUAA